UAUAAUUAUUGACCUUCUUCACUCCAGAGCACGUCUGACCUUGCUUCUUGUUCCACUUCAAACAUUUUACUAUUUAAAUGAGUAAUAUUGCGACAUGCUUUUUAUACAUAAAUGAAGAUAUAAUUAUGAUCGGAAGUAAUUUACACUAAAUUACUUGGCAAUACAUUUUGUACUGUUUUAUUAUCACGGAAAGGAUUAUUGCUCCUUUGUUUGUAAAAGGUCGCAUAUUAUUUUCGUUCCGAAAGAAUGUACGAGUUAAUGCGCUUCUCUAAAAUGUGCUGUAGGAUAUUCUCGUUAUAUAUAAGGGAGACUUAUUGAGUGAAAAUUUUAUUAUUCCAAGUGUUUUGAGUUAAAGAAAAUUAUUUUCCGAUAUUCGAAUAUGUUUCAUAUAUUAUGCGCGGUUUUGUUUGUGGGUAUUUUGAAAAAUUGUAUUCUGGCACAAGAUACGAUUACUUUUGACAGUACAACUACAACUAUGUCGUCAAGUCAAAAUACAUCGUGUUGCGUUUUAAAAAAUAAUUGUCCAUCUAUCAAUCCAGGAAUUGAUUUUCGAAUUGUUAAUACGGCUUUUAAUUGUCCCGAAGGGCAAGUAUAUUGUUGUUCAUCUAACUCGGGAAACUUAUUCGACACUACUUGCGGUAUCAGAAAAAUCUCGCCAUCUUCACAUCCUCAAGGUCAAGCCAGUUACGGUGCAUAUCCUUGGCAAGCUGCACUUUUAACAACUAAUAAUAAUUAUAUUGGUUCUGGUGUACUUAUUACAUCAAAUCAUGUGCUAACUGUAGCUCACAAGGUAACAUCUUACAUAAAUGGUGGACUUAAAGUGAGAUUAGGAGAAUGGGAUGGCCAAUCUACUAAUGAACCUUAUCCAUAUCAAGAUUAUUCAAUUAAAAAAAUAUCUAUACAUCCUGAAUUAAAUUCCCUUAAUCUUCAAAAUGAUAUAGCAGUAAUAACUUUGAAUAAUACUGUUCCGAUUUCAAGCAGUCCUAAUAUUAACACUGCAUGUUUUCCUACAGCAAUACCUGCAGCUAAUACAAAAUGUUGGGUAUCAGGUUGGGGAAAGAAUGCAUUUGGAACAAAUGGCAAGUAUCAAAGUAUAAUGAAAGAAGUAGAUGUACCUAUUGUUGAUCAAUCAACUUGUGAAAAUGAUCUACGGAAAACUAGACUUGGACAAUACUUUAUAUUAAAUAAAAAUAGUUUUAUAUGUGCAGGAGGGGAACAAGGAAAAGAUGCAUGCACAGGUGACGGAGGUUCACCAUUAGUAUGUCAAAAUGGAAAUGGACAAUGGCAAGUGGUUGGAAUGGUUACAUGGGGUAUUGGUUGUGCAACUAGUAAUGUUCCUGGUGUAUAUGUAAAUGUAUAUAAUUAUAUUUCAUGGAUUAAACAACAAAUAAAUUAAAAUAUACUUCCUCCUCACCAAUUUUGAUGACCUUGAAAUAUAUUGUAAACAUCUUGAGUAACUUUCUUCGACACAUCGACGGUUAGCUUUUAGCUUUCAAAUUAUUCACAAAAACCUUUCAUACUACACUAUUAAAAUAUUAUUAUUAUAACUAUUAUGUGUGCAUCUUUAAUUGUGUAUCCCUCAAUAGUAAAAAUUAAUAAUAAAAAAAGAAAUUAAA